AUGGCACCUCGAACAGACUUUCCCUCGAUCCGAGCAUGUCUCUUCGACAUGGACGGACUCCUUCUCGAUUCCGAAGACAAGUACUCUAUUGUUACCAACACCCUCCUCGAGAAAUAUAACAGACCACCACUUCCCUGGUCCAUAAAAGCACAAUUACAAGGCCGACCCGCAGCUUCUGCCAGCGAAAUUUUCUUUGGCUGGGCCAACCUCCCAAUUUCCCGUGAACAAUACAUCGAAGAACAAGAAUCCCUCAAGCGAGAAUUAUUUAAAACCUGCAUGCCGUUACCCGGUGUAACAAAACUCUUAGAAGAGCUAAAGCAUGCGAGGUCAAAAGCAAAGGAAGGAGAGAAGGAAAGGAAGCUACAUAUUGCCCUAGCAACGAGUAGUCAUAAGGAGAUGUACGAUGCCAAAACUAUGAAUCAUGUAACACUUUUCGAAGUUUUUCCUCCACAUCGAAAAGUUCUAGGUGAUGAUCCACGAAUUGGGCCUGGACGUGGCAAACCUGCUCCAGACAUUUAUCGACUAGCAUUGGACACUAUAAAUCAGAGUUUAGAAGAAGGAGAGGAGCCCGUGAGAGCGGAAGAAUGUCUAGUAUUUGAGGACUCUGUGCCAGGCGUAGAAAGCGGGAGGAGAGCAGGAAUGAGAGUGGUGUGGUGUCCGCACCCGGAGUUAAAGAAUGAGUUUGUAGGGAGAGAAGGAGAAGUUCUUGCAGGAUCGACGGGAGAAGGAGGAAACUUGAAAGAAGAUGGUGUUGUUGGUACUGUGGGAGAUGGAUGGGGUGAUUACUUGGAGACCUUAGAGAACUUUCCCUACGAAAGGUAUGGGAUCUUGGUAAACUAG